AUGAUAAGCUCGCAAAAUCCAUCUCAAACAGCAGAAUCGCUGGUUGCCGCCCUUGAGAAGUAUGGCCAAGGCGACUAUAUUGGCGAAUCAAUCAGCCAGCUUGAACAUUGUCUUCAAGCAGCGCACCAGGCUAAGUUAUCCGGUGCUUGUGACGAGCUGGUUAUUGCAGCGCUGUUCCAUGAUAUUGGCCAGAUCAUUCCCUUAGAAUCCACCAAAGAAGCCCGGAUGAAUCUUCGCGAGAGCGACGAAAACGUCGGCCGUGUCGGUCAUGAGGCUAUCGGUGCCGCUUAUCUACGAAAUUUGGGCUUCAGCGAGACUGUCUGUCGCUUGGUUAACAGCCACGUUGCAGCUAAACGAUAUCUUACUGCUGUAAAUCGUAAAUAUUACGAUUCCUUAUCCUCGGCUUCACAGAAGUCCCUGGCAUUCCAAGGAGGGCCUUUCCAGGGUGCAGAACUACAGCAUUUUGAGCAGGACCCUUUGCGGGAUGAGAUGGUCUCACUUCGGCUUUGGGAUGAUGGAGCUAAGUUAGUUGAUGUUGAGUCGACCACACCGCGUGCCCGGUCAUAUAUGGAAAUUAUCACGGCUCAUUUGGCCCAGACUGCAGCAUAG